AUGGAAGGACAAGAUAUUCUUUACGAAGUUAGGGAUAAAGUUACCAUUAUCACCUUUAACCUCCCUGACAAGUUGAAUGCAUUAACAGGUAAGCAAUAUCUUCUUUUAGCAAAAUUAAUAGAAAGAGCUGAUAAGGAAGAUACUAUUUUGACUUUGAUUCAAUCAACUGGAAGAUACUUUUCUGCAGGUGCGAACAUUGCCGAUAAGAGUCUCUCUAAUGUUGCAACCGAAGAACUCUUCUCCCAUGAGUACUGGUUGAAUAACUUCGUUUCCAGAAAUGUAUACUUGGCUGAUUUAUUUCACAACCACAGUAAAGUUUUGGCCGCUGCAUUGAACGGACCAGUUAUUGGUUUAUCUGCUGCUUUGGUUUCCUUGUGUGAUCUCAUUUACUCUAUUGACGAAAAGAAAACCUUCUUGUUGGCACCAUUUUCUAACUUGGGUCUUGUAGCUGAAGGUGCUGCCCUGGCCACCUUAUUUUUGAGAUUAGGUUGGUCCAAGGCUUCAGAAGCAAUUUUAUUUGCUAGACCUAUUCCAGGUACUGACUUGACUAAGUUGGGAUUCAUUAAUAAGUCUUAUCACGAAACUAAAUUCAACUCCGUUGAAGAAUUCAAUAAGACCGUUCAUGACGACUUAGUUAGACAAUUCAACGGUUUAUAUGAGCCAUCUAUUUUGGAGAACAAACAAUUGUUGAAGGCCAACAGAGAUACAUUAAUUAACUCUGCAAGUCAAAGGGAAAUCAUUAAGGGCUUUAAUAAAUGGGUUGAAGGUGUCCCACAACUGAGAUUUGCUCAAUUAUAUCAAAAGGAUAUUAAGCACAAGUUUUAG